AGCCGCCAUAAUAAUUUCGCUUUGUGUAUGAAUGCAAUCCUAAGUGUAAUGUAAUUUCGAAAAUUAAUAACAAACAGGCAAUCAGAUCAUAUUGUCUUUCUUUAUUUUACAUUAUAGCAAUGGCUAUCGUUGAGGAUGAAGUGAGGAAUGAGUCUGAGGAGGAAAAUGAAAUAGAAGUGGUUGUUGAGGAAGACGAACAAGAUUCUGAAGAUUCGGACGAUGAAGAAGAUGAAGGUGUUCUUGAGAGUAAGGUGGCAGAGCUUGAAAAGAAGAUUUCUGAAGAUCCCUACAAUUAUGAAGAACACAUUGAGCUAAUUCAGGCCUUGUGGACGCUGACGGAACUAGACAGGUGGCGCAAUGCCUUUGAGCGACUGCAACAAAUGACGGCACUCCGGGCCGAGCAUUGGCUUCUGUGGCUGCAGACAGAGGCUUCCCUGGCACACUCCUCUGAGUCUCGCGAGCACAUUGCAGGAUUGUUUAAACAGGCAGCAAUGGACUGCUAUUCAAUCCCUAUUCUAACGGAAUGGUGCUCAUGGGCCCUAAGUACAGGUGACGCUAAAGAGACGCGAGCGCAACUGGAGGAGGUGUUACACCGCGCGGGCGCAGACCCCUUCUCCGGGAAACUGUUCUGGGACGCCAAGUUGGAGUUUGAGAAGGCGCAGUUGGAGUCUAUAAGCAAUGAAGCAGAAGAAGAAUACAAAGAGCAACAGAAGAGAGUGUUGUACUGCCUUGAAGAAGUUGUGUCGCGACCCUUACUGCGCGGAGAGGAAGCAUGGCAACAGCUGCACGAGCUGGCAACAACGCUUCACGACGCGCAGUAUGUUCAGAAGAUUAAAGAACAGCAUGAAGCGGCCGUUGAGUAUUUGAAUAAAAUAACGCCAUAUGAAGAUAAGCUGUUGACUACAGAGAAUCCUGAAGACAAGUGUAGAAUUUACGAGGAAUAUAUUGCUUUGGUUAAAGAGUUGUCACGCAAUGAUGAAUAUGCGGAAUGUGACAGCAAUGGUAUUCUUAAGGUACUGUACGAGCGCGUGAGCUCGGAGUGCGCGGGCAGCGAGCGCGCGCACGCGUGGCUGGUGGAGUACGCGCGGCUGGCGGGCCGCGUGUCGUCGCGCGCCACGCUGGCCCGCGUGCUGCGCGCGGGCGCGCGCCGCUGCCCGCGCAGGCACACCUUCUGGGCGCGCCUCAUGCAGCAGGCCGAGCACGAGGGGAAGCCCGCCCAUGAGGUGAAAUCAAUAUUCGAGACGGCCCUCUCAAAAGGCAUGGAGACGUACAAACACGCCGAAGCGCUCUGGCUGGCGUGGCUCGAGUUCAGUCGGCGAAACACUGCAUUCAACAAUGAAAGUGAAGUUCAACUGCUGAGGAGCACUUUCCGACUUGCCUGGGACUCAUUGGCUAAGGCUUGGGGCGAAGAGGCAAAUGACUGUGAGGUGCCGUUGUUCUGGGCACGGCUGGAAUACAAACGUAUGGGGGACCCGAAACAAGGCAAGGAGAUAUUCGAGGAAAUAUUCAGGUACGGUGAGAACAAAACCAUGUCCAAAUACUGGGAGGCACUGAUCCAACUGGAAUCGAACCGGUCUCCGCCGCCGUCGCACAACAAGCUCAGAGAUCUACACCGCAGGGCGUUGCGUUACGUGGCGGACUACCCGCCAAGUGUGGCGCGAUUGUGGAUGGACUUCGAGCGGGAUUUAGGUGACCUGGAGACGUUGAGAGAGUGUGCUGACGUCACUGAGGCGAAACUGCAAGAAUGGCGCGAUAGCUACCAAGCUAUGAAGGAUAAAAUGACCGGUAAAAAGCACAAUCAAAAGCCAAUGGAUAAGAAAGCUAAAUUUGAUAAGAAAAAUAAACGUGAUGACAGACCAAAGAAUAAAGGGAAGAGGAAGUCUGGAGGGGAGGAAGGGGGAAGUGACGGGAAGAGAAGGAAGGAGGAUAUGGAGGUUGAGGUGCAAGAGCAGGACAAAGAAGAGAGCGGCGGAGUGAAAAGAUCUCACGAUGAAGACGAUGAGGAUGAAUCACAGCCCAAACGCCAGCGAACAGUGAGUGAGGAAAACGAGAGAAUAGGACGUGAAGCCUGCACUCUCUUUGUCUCCAAUUUAGAAUUCAAAGUGAAUGAAGAAAACCUUCGGAAGAAACUGUCGCAGUACGGCGAUAUAGUGUCUAUGCGAGUAAAGGCCGGAGUCAAGGCAUUCGGCGGGUCGAUAUGCUACUGCCAAUACAAGACUGUUGAGGCAGUGGACAAAGCUUUAAAAGACGACCGGACACCAUUAGACGGUCGGCCCAUGUUCUUCUCACGGUACUCGGCGAAGAAGACGAAGCCCACGUUCAAGUACGCGACCACGGCAGAGAAGAACAAGCUGUUUGUGAAGAACCUACCUUUCUCUUAUUGCACGAAAAAGGCGUUAUCGGAACUCUUCGAUAAAUAUGGCAAGCUGAGCGACGUUAGGGUAGUCACUUUCAAAGACGGAAAACCGAAAGGUCUCGCGUACAUCGAAUACGCGGACGAAUCAUCAGCGGCAGCUGCUCUCGCGGCCACCAACGGCCUCCAACUGGAGUCCAGGAAGAUCGACGUGGCUCUCAGCGCGCCCCCACCACGAGCGCCCCCCACCACCAGUCUCGGGCUGCCGAAGAGGGACGCUGGAGGGGGAAUGCGGCGGACACAACUAAGCAGUUUCAUCCCGAGCGUCCUACAAAAACCCAGCCCUUCAACCAGCAAAGCUAAUGGGAACUCCAACGGUGACACAAAUGGCGACAAGCGACCACUCAGCAAUAGCGACUUCAGAAGCUUACUACUCAAGAAGUAGCCUAAAUAAGUAUAUAAUGUAGAUAAAUGCCCGAUUAGGGAUUUGAUAUUUGUAUAUAAAAAAAGUUCUAACUAUAGGAAUCGAAAGAAUAUAAGACAAGAGAAACGCCAUAUUGUGGAAUAAUAUGCGUCGAAUUGGAUAGGACGCAAUAUUCUGCCCAGUUGAAAAUCUAUCAAAUGAAUCUCCGAAUUGAGAAAGAAAGAUGAACCGCGCUAUGAUGACCAUCAGUGCGAUGGCUCAUUUAACCGGUCUUGGCACUUCUAUGAUGUUACAUUAUACCAAAUUCUAUAUAAUAGUUAAGCAUUGUUGACACAGAUACGUAAACCAUGUAAUGUAAAAAAUAGAGUUACAUGUAGACCUAUGUUUCCAACUACAAAAUAUUAUCUCGAUACUUCUCGAUAAAUCGAUCUGUGAGGUGGUAUAAUUAUUUGUGCUGAUCAGACAUGAUUUAAACUAUAACAAAUAUAUCCAAUACAAAUCGGGCAUUUAAUACUCUUUACUCACUACCGAUAUGUAGAUUAAGACGAUUAUUAAUAGGUAGUUUCUUUUUAUUAAAAGUUUUUAUUUUUUUAGUGUUGGCAAGCUAUUUUGUGGUUUUAAUGUUAAAACUGUUUAAUCUUAAAUCUCCACUGGCGCCAUCUUUCGGAUAAAGUGGCGGAUUGUUGAGGUUUUAUCAGUUCCAUUCGCUUUUGGCCAGUUAAGUAUUUUACUUACAGUAUUUUCACUUCCGUCAGUCGAGUCUGAUAUUUAUUUCAAAAACUCUUUUUGUAUGAGUAGUGCUUGUACAAGAUAUUUUAAUUCUACACACCGCGCCUAGUCACGAACAAGCUUAUAUUCCCUAAUCCCUGGAAAAACAGGUAAGUACUGUUUUAAAUACUUAUACAGUGCACCACAAAACCUUUGUAUCGCAAACACUGGGGCGUAUGGCAGCCAACUGUACAUAAGCUUAAUAAACAGUAGUUAUAUUAUAUAAAUACAAAUUGAUAUCUGUUGAUUUUUUAUUCAUGUGAUUCUGUUGAUUCAUUACCUUUAAUAAGGUCUUCCUAUCGUAUCAUGCAAAAUUUUGAAUCAAUCAAGUUGCGCGUGUAUGCUUUGUGUUUUAAGUUAUUUCAAGUGAUUUGUACAUGAAAUUCAGUAAGGAGCAAUAAUAGAGAAUGGAAACGUGUAUACCUACAUAUUAUUGCGUCGUGUCUAACCAUAUUACGAUAUUUUAAGAGAUAAGUUAUAACAUAACGAUCUUAAAUAUAAUCUAAAAAAUAUUUCUAUGAUUUGACCGGGUUGUGUGGGAGAAUCUGAGGUUGAAAUGACCAAGAUCCAAGAUGGGAAGUAAGAUAUUCGGAACAAAAGAAACUUAACAAAUCGUGGAUCUCAGUCAAACAUUCAGAUGUUAUUAAUUAAUUAAUAUUAUAUGGCUCUGCGAUUCUGGUCUAAAUCGACCCUUAAAAUUGGUUAAGUACAGAUGUUUGUAAAACUUGUCGAGUGUGCUUAUUUUCGUUCAUUCGCAUUUUGUAAAUUGAUAGUAUGGCUUUUUAAAAUAAAAAUACAUAAAUUUAAACUACAUGUACUAUACGAUUUCUUUUUAAAAUUAAUUAACACUACAUUCGUAUUUCAAAUACAAAAAAUUGGGAGAAAACCACUGCAGCUUUUUUGUUUGCACAUAUUUAUAAUAACAAACUUAAGUUGUUUAAAAAUAUUUUUAUUUAUUGUGUGCAUUGGUCUACUACCGUUAUAUUCCAUAGUACUUUUUUUUUGUCAGAAGUUAUAAUUUCGUGGUUGUAAGCGAAUGCUGAUUCUGAAUAAAAGACUAAUUGUUGUA